UGCAGCUUCCUUGGUUGCAGUUGUCCAAAGCAGUCGCCGGCUUGCCCACUUCUCUGCCUUAGUCCCGGAGUGUCAGGAGGCACUGGAGUCCAGCCAUGCAACCCGGAGCAGCGCUGCAGGCCAUGUUGCUGACGGUGCUGCUGGCCAAACCGAGGGAUUCGAAGGGUCACUUGCUGAGCGGUGAACUUGGACCCAGAGGAGGGCAGCCGUUAUGCCGGGAAGGGACACGGAGGCCUUGCUAUAAACUCAUUUAUUCCCGUGACACCUCUCAAAGACGGGACUUUGAGGAAGCCAAAGAAGCCUGUAUGAAGGAUGGAGGACAGCUAGCCAGCAUAGAAACGGAAGAUGAGCAGAGGUUGAUAGAGAACUUCAUUAAAAGCCUCCAGGCAUCUGAUGGUGAUUUCUGGAUUGGCCUCAAGAGGUUGGAGGAGAAACAGGGCAACAGCACAGCCUGCCAGGACCUUUAUGCUUGGACAGAUGGAAGCCUGUCACAGUUCAGGAACUGGUAUAAGGAUGAGCCUUCCUGUGAGAAGGAGGUCUGUGUGACCAUAUACCAUCAGCCAUCAGCGCCUCCUGGCAUCGGGGGCCCAUACAUGUUCCAGUGGAAUGAUGACCGGUGCAACAAGAAGAACAAUUUCAUUUGCAAAUAUUCUGAUGAUAAACCAAGUACAACACCCUCUCUUAGUCCUGGAGGUGAAGCAACUGAGCCAGCAGCACCCAUACUUCCAGAAGAAACUCCGGAAAUAGACACCAAAGAACGCAGAGAGGCUGCUUUGAAUCUUGCCUAUAUCCUAAUUCCCAGUAUUCCCCUUUUCCUCCUACUUGUGGUCACUUCAGCCGUGUGUUGGGUUUGGAUCUGUAGAAGAAAACGGGAACAGACAGACCCUCCCACAAAGGAGCAGCACACCAUUUGGCCCACUCCUCACCAAGAGAACAGCCCUGACCUAGAAGUUUAUAAUGUCAUCAGAAAACAAAGUGAAGCUGAUUUAGCCGAGCCCCGGCCAGAUCUGAAGAACAUCUCCUUCCGGGUGUGUUCUGGGGAAGCCAUGCCCGAUGACACGUCUUGUGAUGAAAACAUGGCUGUAAACCCUUCAGAAAGUGGGUUUGUGACUUUGGCAAGUAUGGAGGGUAGAUUUGUGACCAAUGACAUCUAUGAAUUCUCCCCUGACAGAAUGGGGAGGAGCAAGGAGAGUGGAUGGGUAGAAAAUGAAAUAUAUUACUAAGACAUAUGAAAAAACCAGCAAGAAUGUAAAAAGAGAAGGAAAAGCGUCCAAUUUCUUACAAAGACGAUAUUCAGAAGGCUUAUGAGAAGGUUCAGCUCAGGUCUUAGGGGCAAGCACAGCAUUACAAGUUCCUUCUGGGUCCCCAAGUUCUGGCUGCACUCCCUAUCCGGGAGCCUCGUCCAGCUCAGCCUCCUCCAAGGCACCUCACCCAAGGGGCUGCUGCACAGCAGACCCUCAGAGAAAGCCAGUGGCUUCCAACUGACAUUCAAGAGCUGGUGCUUUCCCUGGUCAGGAUUAAGGUGUGACCAGGGAGCUUGGAAAGCCCACCUCUAGGCUCUGUUUUCCUUGCUCUGUACAUCAGUGCAGGCAAUCACAAAGACACAAAUGGUGGAAUCCUCUCAAAGCCUCUGUAUGGAAGCCCCAGGCUGGCCUGCACAUCAACAAUUCCCAACCUGCAUCCCACCCCUACACCUGGAAAAAAAAGUCAAUAAAAAGCAGGAAGCAGAA